AUGUCCGUUUCCGCCCAGGCCGCAGCUCGCUGCUGCAGACAGAUCGUCCGCCCUACCGCCUCUCUGCGCCUUGCUCCCACGACAUACCUGUCCCAGCGCACACUCAGCCGGAGAUGGCAAUCCACUGAGGCGGAGGCUGCUGCUGCUCCUGCCAACCCCAAGAUCACCCAGAUUGUCGACCAGAUCAGCCAAUUGACCCUGUUGGAGACCGCCGACCUCGUCUCCACCCUGAAGACCCGCCUGAACAUCCCCGACCUCCCCGUUGGCGGUUUCGCCAUGGGCGCUGCUCCCGCCGCUCCCGCCGCUGCUGAGGAAGAGGAGGCUGCUCCCGCCCAGCAGGAGAAGACCCUGUUCAACCUGAAGCUCGAGUCCGUCGACGCCUCCUCCAAGGCCAAGGUCAUCAAGGAGAUCAAGACCCUCCUCGGCCUGUCCCUGGUCGACAGCAAGAAGUUCGUCGAGUCCGUUCCCAAGGUCCUGAAGGAGUCUGUGCCCAAGGAGGAGGCCGAGAAGAUCGUGGAGACCCUCAAGGCCGUGGGCGCCAAGGCCACUAUGGACUAA